CUUCCCCCCGCAGGUUCGUCUUCCAGGCGAAAGUGGGCGGCCGCUGGUUCCCGUCCGUCACGGCGCACAGCAAAAAGCAGGGGAAGCAGGAAGCGGCCGACGCAGCGCUGCGGGUUCUCAUCGGGGAGAACGAGAAGGCCGAGCACGCCGCCGAAGGGCUGGGCACCACGGAGCUGCCGGUCAGCGGGAGCACCCUGCACGACCAGAUCGCCAUGCUGAGCCACCAGCGGUUCAACGCCCUGACCGCCCGCAUCCAGCACAGCCUGCUGGGGCGCAAGAUCCUGGCCGCCAUCAUCAUGAGGAAGGGGCAGGACGGGCUGGGGGUUGUGGUCAGCAUCGGGACAGGGAACCGCUGCGUGAAAGGGGAGGAGCUGAGCUUGAAAGGGGAGACGGUCAACGACUGCCACGCCGAGAUCAUCUCCCGGAGGGGAUUCCUCAGGUUCCUCUACAGCGAGCUGAUGGCGUUCGACCCCCUGGCGACAGAGGAGAGCAUCUUCCAGCUGGCGGAAGACGGGAAACUGAAGAUCAAGGAUGACGUCAGCUUUCACCUGUACAUCAGGUGAGUUGUAACGCCGCCACCUCUCACCCCGGCACGCCAGGUGAGCUGGGAUGGUGUCGCCUGGACGCCAG